UUCUGAAAGAGACAUCGAAAUGGAGUACUCCUCCCGGGGCCAUACUGCCGAGCCAGAACAACCAAGAGACACCCCAGAACAGUCGGAGCAGCCAGCUGAAGACACCCGUGACUCUCGCGACGCUCGCGAGUACCGCGAACGCGACUCGCGUGAGUACCGUGAGUUCCGUGAACCGCGCGAAUACCGUGACUCGCGCUAUCGCGACCGCGAGUCGACUCGCUCGUCCUACAGACCAGACGGCCCUGUUGAACCCGUUCUCCCGCCGGCAUCGGAAGUCCCAGAUGUGGUGUACGACAUUACCGAGACUCCCUUGUUCAAUAAGACACGUGCGUUGUUCAUCGGGAACCUCACGAGCCCAAUCAAUGCGCACAACUUUCAGACGUUCCUCAAGCACAUCGCAGAGCCAGCCACGAUUGAGCGUGCAUGGUUGAACCGUCUGCGCAGUCACUCGAUUGUGCUCUGCAGCGACGAGGAGGGCGCGGAGCGCAUCCGUGGGAUUUUGAACGGUAGCAAAUACCCGAGUGUGGAAGACGAUGAAGCGAUGUUGAGAGAUCUCAGAGAGGACAAGCCAGAUAUGGAGAUUGUCAGAAACGCGCUAUUCGUGGACUACAUCCCGGUCAAACGCAUCAACCAGUGGACGUACGAGGAGGAUAGAGGUCCACGUGAUGGGAAGUGGAAGAUUGAGUACGAAACACAGGAGAUCAGGGAGCGAGAGGAGACUCCGAGGGAAAAGGACUCGGACGACGAGUCAAAGGCCGAGUCGCAGGUGAAUACCGAUGACGCAGAUAUCCCUGCCGCCGUGACGACCCGCGUCAUCGUGCAUCACCGCCUUUUAUCUGCGGGGCACGUGCCGCGCUUCAGAUCGGCCCGUGGGGGCAGAGGCGGUCCUAGGGGUGGUUACCGAGGCAGAGGCUACGGGGACAGACCGGCCAGAGACCACUACACCCCUCGCAACGAGGGUAGAGACGGCUACGCUCCCCCACACCCCCAUGCCCAGAGACCGUACGGCGGCAGCAGAUACGAGCCGCAGGGCAGCCGCUAUGACCCGCAGCAGAGCCAUCCGUAUUACACGCGUCCGUCGAGACUGAGAGAAAGAUCGCCUAGAAGAGAAAGGGACCACUACGAGAGACCAAGAUCGAGAACCAGAUCGAGAUCGCCACGGUUCUAAAUGAAGUGUACUAUAUGUAAAGAUUGGGCAUGAUAGAAGCGGUAGGACGAUAGUUUACGCUAAUCGUUCCGUGUCAACAUUGCGCCCCCGGCGGAUAAAAGUGGAGUGAAUAUAACAAAUUUUAGCA